AGGAAGUACUGUGAGGGGCUGGCUGAAGAAGUAUGGGCUGCAAGAUGGGGGAAAGCCAGCAACACCACUACCUUCAGGGUUUACUGUGGAGCCAUGUGCUGAUGAGGAGAUAGUGAAGACCCAUCAGCAGCAGCAGAUAUUUUCACUAAGCGUCUGGCGGAGGCGGAUCAUUGGAAGGGCAUGAAGCUUGCUGGGAUGAGUGUGCAUUGAGUAUGCAUGCUUGAGAUGUGGUAUGGUGGAUGAUGGUUGGAAGCCAGAGGGGGAGAUUGUUGUGUGAUGUCAUCAUAUGCUAUCACAUUCUGU